AUGAGCGCUGUGGAUGAUAUUGAAGCACGGAUUGAUCGUCUUAAUGACUCACAUGCGACGAAAGUAACACAAUUGCAUGAAUUACAAAAGGAAUUACGCUACAAUAGUAAUACAGGUGUUGAUGAACGGCUUGAUACAGGACAAAGUGUUGCUCAAUUAGAGGUUCAGAUUCAAGGUGGACGAAAAAUGCUCUUUAAAGCGAAUUUUCUUUCCAGUCAACGAACAUAUGUUCGUGUAACGGUCGAAGUGGUGGAGAACCAACAGUUAACGAGCAAUACUACAGUUAAAGAGCAAAAACUAACUACAAAACGACCCGUAAGUCCAUCACCGCAAUGGCAUGAAAUGCUCUUAUUUCAAGGUCUUCCAGCUGCUGUAGGAACACUUCAGAUUGACCUCAUGCAGGAAGAAAAAAUUGGAGCUGAUGAACUCGUGGGGACAUUUAUUUUACCAUUGGGAAGAUUACAAGAUCAGAGACAAAUGGAGAAAUGGAUUGGACUGGAGAAACAAAAGGAGAAAAUGACAGGCAGUGAAUUGUUCAUCACGUGUCGAUUUCAACGAUCACCAAUUUCAGCUUUGGAAUUGGAAUUGGAGCUGUUGCAGAAUCAAAUUAAUGAGUUGCAUUUAUUUCUUGGACGACAUCAGAAUCUAGUGGGUUUAUCCAUGCAAGACUCUUUUGUCACGACGUCAUCGAUGACGUCGUGUGUGAAUCCGUUGCAAGGAAAGGAAGUUGUGACAGGGAAAAUGCUUGAACAAAGUGUUGUCUCGACGAGGUUUUCAGCUGUAGCAUCAUUUCCUCCUGCCAUGAGAAAACGUGAAUUGGGAGACGAUGUGGACGUGGGUCUUGAAGCAACGCGAGUGAAACGUCAACGUGUUAAUAGUGAGAGACAAGUGAACUCGUUGUCGGAUCGGAUUGCGAAUUGGUUGUUGCCAACAUCAGCUUUGGGUACUCCAACAAGCGCUGGAAAAGAAAUGGGCACUGAAUUGCAACACGGUGUUUUUUCUACUGAAGAGAGUGGUGGAGUGACUACGAAUCAGUUUUUUCCGUUUAAACAAAGUCGACCUGCUCCAGCGCCACGUCGGCCAAGAAGAACUGGACGGUCUUUAUUUGCAGCGCCACCGAAGACGCCGAGGGCGUUGCAAGCGAUUGAGAAGUGGUUGUUUACAGACAAGGACGGAAACCCACGAGACCUGCCAUUUGGACGCCAGGCACCGUCUUAUUAA